GCUGAGCAUCCAAAUUAUCAAAGCCUUCUAAUUGUUAGCCUCAAAGUUACAUUAUAAUCAUAAAUCCCCGUUUGUUUUUUUACUCAACAAAAAAGAAUGGUUGAUGCAGUAGUAUCAUCUGCAAUUACAAUGUUGGGUGAGUUUAUUGUCCAAGAAGUUAAUAUUAGGUUAGCAGUGAAAGAUAAUGUAAGGUGGCUCAGAGACGAACUAGGCUUCCUCCAAUCUUCGGUAAGACAAGCAGAAUCAAGGCAAGAAGAAGACUUAGUCCGAGACUGGGUGAACAAUGUUAGAGAUGUCGCUAAUGAUGCAAUAGCUAUACUGCGAAAGUUCAGCGAUCUCCAACAAGAACAUGCAGCUCCAAAACGAGGUGUUUUGGAUUGUUUUCGGGGCAUGUGCAAGAAAGAAGCUACACUUUAUGAUAUUGGAAAUGACAUCGAGUCACUUAAGGAAAGGAUUGUCGAGAUAAAAAACAGGCGAACUGAUUAUCGUAUUGACAACAUCUUGGCCACUCCAAGCAAGCAGCAAAAAGAGAGAAGUCUACUAAGAACAACCGCCAUCGAUAUCGAGGUUGAAGUGGUGGGAUUCGAGGAAGAUAUCAACAUUUUGACAGCUGAAAUUGAUAGCACCGAUCCAUUCCUAAAAGUAAUUUACAUUCAUGGAAUGGGAGGGCUGGGAAAGACUUCACUUGCCACAAAGCUGCACAACUCUCACGAGUUGAGACAUUUUGAUACUCGUGCUAAGGUUUGCAUCUCCAGCGAGUAUGACAUUAAAGAUGUUCUUAAGAGGAUAAUAAAGUCUUUCAUGGGUCCUGAGCAUGAACAACAUUUGUCAAACCUGACUGAGCAUGACCUGUUGCAGUACCUGUCAAAGCUACUACAAGAUCGAGGCCGCUAUUUUGCGCUGAUUGAUGAUAUAUGGGACAUGAAGGUCUGGGAACAGAUUAAAAUUGCAUUUCCAGACGUCAAGAAUGGCAGCAGGAUUAUCAUAACCACCCGGAAUAAAGACGUUACAAGGAUGGCAGAUGACAAAUGUUUUGUCCAUCCACUCCGUUUUCUGAUGGAAGAGGAAAGCUGGCAACUCUUUUGUAAGAAAGCAGAACCAACAACCAAGAGCAUGGACAAGUUGGGAAGAGAGAUGGUUGGUAAAUGUGGAGGUUUGCCCCUUGCAAUUGUGGUACUAAGCGGCCUAUUAUCUGAGAAGCCGAAGUAUGAGUAUUGGUCUAAUGUGAAAGAACAUAUUUGGAGACACUUGAAAGACGGUGGUUCUUUUAGGAUUGAAGAUAUACUAUCUUUGAGUUACAAUGGCUUGACUUCUAAGAAGAAAAGAGAUUGUUUUCUUUACCUUGCAAGGUUCGCGGAAGACCAAAUCAUUAACGUUGACAGGUUAAAGCUUCUAUGGAUUGCAGAGAAAUUCAUAUCAGAAGCUGACGAACUAGAUGGAGUGGCUAUGGAGGAUCUGGCCGAGGAUUAUCUGAAUGAGCUAAUUAAUCGCAAUUUAAUUCAGAUAGCAACAUUGCUUUGGAAUGGAAAAGUAUCCCAUUGCCGGGUUCAUGAUCUUGUACAUGAGCUUGCCAUAAAUAAAGCAAAGGAGCUAAAAUUAUUGGGAACUUUCGACUCAAGUCAACAUCCAAAAACCAUCGCUUUGUUGGAAGGACAACCGCGUCAUGCCAUUUAUAAUGGAAUUGGUGAGUACUUCAAUUUACUUGAGGGUAGAUCUGAUAUUUCUUUGAAUUUGUGUUCAUUAGCACUGCUAAAUAAUUUAAGUGUUAGGGUCGAAAUUGAAGAAAUGAAGUUGGACACCAAAUUCAAAAACCUUAAAGUGCUCGAUCUCACCAGUCUAGAUUUAGAUAGGAUACCAGAAGAAAUAGGGCACUUAGUUCUCCUAGAGUUUUUAGGUUUAACGAGUUGUUCAGGACUAGAGUUAACAAUACCUACGAGUAUAGGCAAGCUAAAAAAGCUACAAACUAUUUGUGGUGGUUCAUCUGAUUGCUACUACAAAAUGCCUAGAGAUAUAUGGGAGCUAAAAGAGUUGAGACACCUAACUCAGGGACGCUACAAGACAUUACCAAAAUUUGAUAGUAGGAAUAUGAAGAUAGUCAGCCACCAUACGAAUCUUCGGACUCUAGAUACUGUACUUUAUGGGGAAUGGAUGCAGAUUCAUACCAUCAUGAACAUCACCAACCUACAUACACUAUCCGUGUUGACAAUUAAAGCACCUACAGGAAAUGAUUACACAUUGCAGUCUGUAGGUGAUCUAAAAAAUCUCCAAACGUUCACCCUAUCCUCUAUUUUAACUGAGAUCCCAACACUUGAACCACUUCUGUCUUGCAAUCGUCUUAAGCUCGUUGACUUAUGGGGUACUAUAAAAGGUCCAUCAGAGUUAAGUUUUCUGCCCGAUUCAGUCACGGAUUUAAGACUAAGAAACAGCGAGUUUACAGAGGAUCCAAUGCCAAGUUUGGGGAGUUUACCUAAUCUCACUGCUCUUGAGUUAAAAAAGGUGUACGACGGACGUCAGAUAUUUUCCGGUCAUAAUGCAUUUCCAAGUCUUCAAAUUUUGAAAUUAACAGAUUUUCCCAAUCUGGAAGAAUGGGAAAUCGAGGACGGAGCUCUGCCUUGUCUCAGAAGUUAUGAUCAAUUGGGCUGUGUAGGAUUGAAAACUCCCUCGCAACUACAACGUUUAUGGAAGGAGCAACUACAACAAAUGUUUAUGCCAAUGUACGGAGGUGAUGUUGAGUUAACAAAUUAUGUUGUAGAUGGACUGAUGGGAAUUCAUAACUAGGGAAUGUGGUAAUAUCUAGAACGGUUUAUAGAUUCUUUUCCUUGUAAAGAAUUUUACAACUGUAUUGUUCUAAAAUAGUUAGUUGAGAA